ACCACCCCCUCCCCCGGGUCUAAAAAAAUCCAGAGCCUUCCCCCAUCCCACCCACCAUCCCAAUCCGACCAAACCCUAGGAAAUCUGCCGGCCAUGGCGAUGUCGGAUCUCGCGGCCGCGGUGAUCUCCAAGGCCAACGGCGGCGUGGACGGCGAGGAGCCGGUGGAGAUCCGGGAGGUGUGGGCGGACAACCUGGAGGCGGAGUUCGCGCUGAUCCGCGACGUCGUCGACGAGUUCCCCUUCGUCGCCAUGGACACCGAGUUCCCGGGCAUCGUCUGCCGCCCCGUCGGCGCCUUCCGCUCCCCGGCCGACUACAACUACGCCACCCUCAAGGCCAACGUCGACAUGCUGCACCUCAUCCAGCUGGGGCUCACCUUCUCGGGCCCCACGGGCGAGCUCCCUGCCCUCGGCGCCGGACGCCGCCGCUGCGUCUGGCAGUUCAACUUCCGGGAGUUCGACGACGAGCGCGACAUCUUCGCCACCGACUCCAUCGAGCUGCUCCGCCACAGCGGCAUCGACUUCCGCCGCAACGCCGAGCGCGGCGUCGACGCCCGCCGAUUCGCCGAGCUGCUCAUGUCCUCAGGUGUUGUGCUCAACGAUGCCGUCUACUGGGUGACCUUCCACGCGGGAUACGACUUCGGCUACCUGCUCAAAAUCCUCACCUGUAACAGCCUCCCAGAUACACAGGCUGGGUUCUUCAAGCUGAUGAAGAUAUAUUUCCCCACCGUCUAUGACAUCAAGCAUCUCAUGAAGUUCUGCAACAGCCUGCACGGCGGGCUGAACAAGCUCGCCGAGUUGCUCGAUGUGGAGCGUGUUGGAGAGUCGCAUCAGGCCGGGUCCGAUAGCCUGGUCACGUCUUGUGCGUUCUGGAAACUCAAGGAUUCCUUCUUUGCUGGAUCAACCGAGAAAUAUGCAGGCGUGCUGUAUGGGCUCAAUGCAGAGAAUGGUGUCAGUGCACAUUGAUGGAUGAUGCUCCCUUUGAAUAGCUCUGUGAAUGGGUUGAUUUAGGACAGAAAGAGGUGGCGAGUGAGCUAGCAGGCAAAAUGAUGACCAACUUUGUAGGUUGAGCUUGUCUCACUCAAUUAGUCAAUUCCAUUUUGUUGGAUGUAAUUUGAACGUAGUGUUUUUCAGUUAUUCCCAUUGAACUAGUGUUUUCUGCUUAUGCUGUUAGCUUUCUCUUGCAUAUUACUUAAAUAGAAAAGUAUCACCUCUAUAUCUCCUGUUUGACCAAUAACUUCAGUCCAGUUCAAUAUGGCAAAAAGACUCUUUUGCCAUUGAUAUGUUUAAAACCUAUAUGUAGGUAAUAGUACAUCUAAGUUUUCAGAGACAUACACUAUAUAACACUACAAGAGAAAAUGCCACCAUCCGUGUUCUGAUGUUCACAUUAUAUUCCUCAAGGCUAAUAUUUUAAUUACCCAGUCAAUAUGCAAGUAAUAACCACUGUCCUUCUGGAGAAUGCCACGACAUAAUUUGCAAUGAGAAUAAGUGUUAAUCUCCAUUUAGAUCUCAGUAAUUAUUAUGCAAAGUCUUUUCUGAUGCUGUCAGCAAGAUAGCAUGAUUUUGGUAACCAUAAUAGCAAUUUGUAGAUAUGUUCACUUGAUUGAAAAAUGUGUUGCUGAUGGAUUUUUUUGACUAAAGUGUUUUGUUAUCUACUCACGAGUUUUCUAAUAUCUACUUCCUGCCUUGUGCUGGCCGAUCAAUUUCAUGCGUGAGGUCCUGCAUUUUUUUUACUACGCUGUUAUUGCUAAAAUAUUUCAAAUUUGUUCAUACUGUUUUUUUUUUGUUCAUUUGUAGCAUGUACGGAUUAUGCACAGGAGUUAAAGUCCCAGUAAUUUAAUUUCAUCCUGAACAUGUUUUUUCAUGAUGCGAUGCUGUAGAUGCUAAUUACCUCUUAUUCUCCUGCGGGACUUGGACUUGGUAUCUACUCCAAAGUACAUUCAAGAGAUAUGCAUAAGAUUUAUUUACUUUCUUUGCCAACAACCGACUAAGUAGGAAGGGGUCAAAAAAACAAAACAACCGAGCAAGUAGGAGAGUUCUCAUCGCAAGUUACAUCCUUUGACACAUUCUCCUGCUUUGAAACCUGUACUAUUAGAUUGUUGAUUGCUUUUGUGCUAACACACUCUUCUCCUUACUGAGUUGUCUUUUGGAGGUAAACGGCAGGACUGGUGGCUUUGCAUAAUUGAGGGGUAUAGUUUGCCAUUGUUGCUGUUUGCAUCCAGUCAAAGAAAAAAUGGAGACAGUAUCUGCAUUUAGCAAUUAAAUCUCCAUUUACCCUUUUUCACCUAAUUCACUUACAUGCUUACUUUUGCAGCUCUUCCUUAUUGGUGCAGGUUCUAGCAGAUGAUCUCCUGGAAGAAAAUUAGGCUUAGCUCAAAUCAGUUGCAUCCAAACUUUAUAUAUUGUUAAGACAGCUAGUCUAACCGAACUCUGUAAGGGGACCCUACAAAGUACAGACCGCCGAAUCUUGACAAGCUCUGUGCAUGGAUUAAUUUAGGACAAAAAGAGGUGACAAUUGAGCUAGCGGGCAAAAUGAUGACAAGUUAUGUAUGCCUCGACACGUACUUGUCUAGCAUGUCAUUCUUGAAGCGGGUGCAGUUCUGGCAUUCUACUUAUUUUGCCAAUCUGUGCAUAUUUUUUACUGAAGGAGGCUACAUUGUGUUACUGUAUCAACAUGAACCCCUCCAUGUCAUUGUUAUCACCAAGGUGCCAGCAGCAACCAUCUCCAACAACGAGGCUCUUAUUAUGGCCGGGUCAUGGCCAGUUGCUUUAAUGUAUCUUUUGGAGAUAAAAUGACAGAUCAUUCAGCACUGAUGGCUUUGCAUAAUUUAAGACAUGACAAUCUCAUGCGAGAGAACUAGGCUUUAGCUCACAUCAGUUUGCAUCCAAGCUUUAGAUAUAUCAAGGCUUGCCUGGCACUGUACUUGUCUAGCGGGUCAUUCUCAAUAAAAAAGUGGGUGCAACCUUGGUGCUCUACUCAUCUUGCCAAGUUGUGUGCAUGAUUUGACUUACAAUGCAGUUUCAAUGGUUCAACAGGACCAUCAUUGCAUUACUCUGACCGUGGCAAUGCUCAUCGCCAGCAGUAAGGCCUACCAUCUGUAGCGACAGCUUGGUUUUCAACAUGUGUAACACUUGUGCAGUUGUAAGAUGUGUAGUGUGGAUGCUAAGAAUGACGUUUCUGUGACUGAUAUUUAUGUAAGAUGUGUGAAAUCUCUAAUCCUUGCAUAGUGUUUUAUCACAAAUUAUGAUUUGGCAAAGUUCAGCAA